AUGGCAGAUGUGGGUAGAGCUAUCAAGGCAAGGAAGUUGUCACCUAAGUUGCUCGGUCCUUAUUAUGAGAUCCUUAGGCUGAUUGGAUUAGUAGCGUAUGAGACAACUCAUGUGCUAGAGGUUGAUGAUAUACAAGUUCGUGAAGAUCUCACAAUCGAAGUUGGGCAUGUCAGAGUGCUGGAUGUACAAACAAAGAAUCUUCGGGGAAAGGAGAUUCGCACGGUGAAGGUGUUGUGGGACAAGGAAUCCCAAGAGAUGACAUGGGAGCUUGAAGAGUAUAUGAGGAAAGAAUACCGCAUUGGUCGCUUAAUAGCCUUAAAUUUUCGAGGACGAAAAUUUUUGGAGUAG